ACUAUCCCAUUCCGGCAGGAGGAUGCGAUUCUGCUCGUAGGUGAAGGCGACUUCUCUUUCUCGAAGUCCAUCGUUUCAGACCACGGCUGUUGUGAUAUCGUAGCAACUUGCCUCGACUCGCAGGCUGAGCUUUUUGAGAAGUACGACCCACAGGCCAAAGAGCACGUCGAGUAUCUCGAGGGAGAGGGCCAGACUGUUCAAUAUUGCGUUGAUGCGACCAAACUAGACGAGAAUAAAUCACUGAAAAAGAAAGGCGCGCAAUUUGACGUGAUUAUUUUUAACUUCCCACAUGUCGGGGGCAAAAGCAAGGACGUGAACCGUCAAGUACGCUUCAAUCAGGAGCUGCUCGUGAAGUUCUUCACUGCUGCAAGUAAGCUGUUGACUAUCGCCGGCACUAUCGUGGUGACGCUGUUCGAAGGCGAACCUUAUACCCUAUGGAAUAUCCGCGAUCUUGCCCGACAUAGUGGUUUAGAAGUCCAGCGGAGCUUCAAAUUUCUAGCAGGUGCUUACCCCGGCUACAGCCACACACGUACGCUCGGAAAUAUAACAGGAGGUGGAGGAUGGAAAGGU